CUCCAACCAUCAGCCCCCUAUUUCUCGACUUGACUUUUUUUUUUCGGCAGCGCGUGAGGUUCAUUGUCUUGGCCUGCACUGCAUUUCAUUUCACCUAUCCGAGCUUCUUGGCCUUGAAAUGGGCCAGUACUUGUCCGCCGGUUCAUCGGAUAACACCACCAACAACAUGAGUGCCAACGCCAUCGUCCAAAGCGCCAUUACCAACAACGACCUCAUGGUCUUCUCCAAGAGCUACUGCCCCUUUUGCACUCAAGCCAAGCGCGAGCUCUCCCAGGCUGGCCUCGAGUACAAUGUCAUCGAGCUUGAUCAGGGCGCCGUAUCAUACGACGGUCAGGAGGCAGAGGGCUCCGACGUGCAGGGCAUCAUCAAAUCCCAGUACAAGCACCGCACGGUUCCCGCCGUCUUUGUCAAAGGCAAACUGCUGGGCGGAUGCGAUGACACGGUCGCUGCCAUCCGCAACGGCAAGCUGAAAGAGAUGCUGGCCUGAGUUGCCCUGAACCGUACCCCAGCGCGCUCAGUCUCGGGCGAGCCGCAUCUUUCAUGACAAUUUCCUUAACCCUGUUUGGCUUGUCUCUCUGUAAGGCUCUCAGCUUGACCACAAAUUGACAGCAGUUGGGUCAGAAUAAAUAGUCGAUUUGAUCUUGUC